CCGGCGUUGCCAUAGCAACGCACGCUCCCGGCCGCACGGUGCCACGUGCGCUCUGUUCGCGUCCGCAUCUCAAAUGGCAGGUAAACAGGUUGUUGCGCGUUGAAGCUGUGACACGUCCGUGACAGUCACAGUGUGGUCCGUCACCAGAGCAGAGUAAAUAACCGACUGAUCGAGCGCUCGGACAGUGAUCUCUGACUGUACUGGACUUUAAUAGCCUGUCUGAAGUAAGUAAAUGCAACAGGCGGAUGCUUCGGAAGUCGGCAAGAAAAUGGCCUCCCCGUGGACGCGAGCGAGCAGUGCUGAGAGGAAGGUGCCCCACACCCGCAUGGAGGACGAGUCCGCCAUUCAGAAACUCUACUCGUUCGGCAAGAAGCUGGGCCAAGGCAGCUUCGGCGUGGUGUAUGAAGCCACCCACAUGGAGACGCAGAAGAAGUGGGCCAUUAAGAAGGUGAACAGAAAGAAGGCCGGGAGCUCAGGCGUGAAGCAGCUGGAAAGAGAGGUCAGCAUCCUGAAGAGCGUGAACCACUCGCAUGUGAUACACCUGAAGGAAGUGUUUGAAACGCCGAAGAGGAUGUACCUGGUGACGGAGCUCUGCGAGGGAGGGGAGCUCAAGGAGCUGCUGCAGAUGAAGAAAUGCUUCACGGAGGAGGAGACGAGGCACAUCAUCGGCUGUCUGGCCGAGGCUAUAGUCUACCUCCACAAACAGGAUAUCGUGCACCGGGACUUAAAGCUGGAGAACAUUCUGGUGAAGAAUAACCACGGAGGUGAUGAAAAUGAGAUGCCUUGUAUCAAGGUGACGGACUUCGGCCUCUCUGUACAAAAGAGCGGUGUGGGCAGUGAGAACAUGCUUCAGGCCACCUGCGGGACGCCCGUCUACAUGGCUCCGGAAGUGAUCAAUGCUCACGACUACAGCCAGCAGUGCGAUGUGUGGAGCGUUGGGGUCAUCAUGUACAUGCUGCUUUGUGGAGAGCCUCCCUUCAUGUCCAGCUCUGAGGACAAGCUCUUUGAAAUCAUCCGGAAGGGUGAGCUCUCCUUCGCCGGACUCGUCUGGGACAGUAUCAGCGAUGCAGCUAAGAAAGUGCUGCGCUGCUUGCUGAAAGUGGAUCCCGCACAUCGCAUCACGGCCAGCGAGCUGCUGGACAACCCCUGGAUCACCGGCGAUACCUCUUUGCCCGUCAUGCCCACCAACGUGCUGGAGAUGAUGAAGCAGUUCCGGGACGAUCCGGAGGAUAGAGACUGGGUGGAGCUGAGGGACAGUCUCAACGGGGUUUCGCUGAGCCCCUCUCCUGAGCGCACGCCACCCGCGGAGGCCGAAGUCACGUCAACGGGCAGCGACCACGAGGGAAGCGAAGAGGUCAGCCUCAAGGAUGACCCGGACAGAAGCAGCGGCAGCAGCAAGCCUUCCACCCCCACCCGAAAGCGACAGAGGAAGAAGUCCUUCGUGUCGACAUCCAACGGGGAUCUGAAGAGGAACGGGUCCAUUGUCAAGAGCAGCAGUGGUACCUGCGUAGGCAGCAAAGUCAUCAACGCACCGAGCAUCAGACAGGUGAGCCCGAAGGGCUGCAGUAAGACCCGUCUCGCCAACCCCAAGCUGUUGCCCCACUCCACGGAGAACAAGGCCUCCCAGAUGUCCAUCGGCGGCAGGGCUAAAAAGGCCACGUAGGCCAUGGCCCCGGACCCUCCUCGCCCCCGAAGUGCCAAAGGAAGGGACGCAUCCCGGAGCGGGUCCCCUGCUGUGCAGCGGAACGCUCCUGGGACACAUUUGAAGAUUUGCAGUAUUGUUGCUGUAUUUAAAUCCCAUUUGCUUGCACUCUAUUAAUUAUUUACAGUACUGUAGUUCUGCACCGGACAGACAGUCGGCUAGCGCAGCCGUCCCCCCUUCCUCGGCGGCUCUCGGGCCAUCUUGGAUGACCGUUCCGUUCGUUUGUUCCGUUACCCGAACGAGAGAUUCCGCCGACUCAUCGUUCAUACGCGGCUCUCGAACGCACUGAACGGCAUCGUAAGGGGCUGAUCGUUUCUUUUACAGCGAGCAGAGCAAGUAUUGCACGCUCCGGUACGGAUCUCGCUCUAUGACCCGGUGCGUUUUUCUUUGUUUUCGUUUAGUGUUAAAAAAUACAAAGUACUUUAAAAAGCACGAGGUGCGGUCGAGGCCAGUGUUACUUCCGCUCGUUGUGUCAAUCCCGUUGCGAAAUAGCAGAAAACCAUCGAAACCAUACCAUGCAAAACCAGUGCAAAUAGUUUCGUUUUCUGGUUAACGUCAGCAUGUCACAUAGAGACGGAAACGCAGAUUAAAACUAAGUCCUGUAUUGCAGUUGUCAGUGUUCUGCCGGAUUGUUACAGCUGAAAUAUUGAAUGUUGUCUUUACCUUUGAGUUUCUGUUGAUUGAACAGUUAAAUAUUCAAUGUAAUUACUUACUUGCUUCUGUUCAUUUUCGGUUACCUCUAUUCAUAAAGACAUCUUGCAAAAGAGAAAUACACCGUUCUUACCCCAUUUGGAUGGGCUGAGACGGUAUAGGGGAUACCUGGGAAAGUCAGGUCCGUGAGCGGUACAGGGGGUAAUCCCCAGCGCGCAUAUUAUAGUGAAAGCGCCGAGCACGACAUGAGAGAGAGCAUUAGUAAAAGUGCAGACGGGGGGGUCCUCGCGCUCUCGUACCCGUGCUGGCCCCGAAGGCUCGAAGGAGAGGCGAGCUGUGAUGACGGACGGCCUGGAUUUGGCAGGCGCGCGGGGCCCCGCGGUGUUGAACUCCAAAGUUUAGAGGACAAAGUACCGCACGGAAACGCCGAGUUAAGAGCGGAACGGUGCGGCGAACGAGCCGACGACAUUUUGCUCGCCUUUGUCAAACUGGCGGUGUAACUGGGAUUAUUAAUCUGCGGAAAUUCAUCCAUCAUCAUUCAUCUGCUACAUUUUCCUCAUUGUUAAUAAAUUAAAAAUAUAUUGCACACUUUGCAAUAAUGAAAUAUCUCUACGCAUGACCUGCUUGUUCUUCACACUUAGACGCACA